AUGAAGUUGCCAGACGGGUUGCCAGACGGGUUGCCAGACAGGUUGCCAGACGGCCACGGAAGCGUCUACAAAGAAGUGCGCUUCUCGCCCACAUCAACACCUAUCCGCCGCACACGAUCACUCUCGGCCAACACUCCCGCAAAGACGACCAAUUACCGGCCUGUACCCAUCCAAAAUAUCCCCGAAGAAAAUGGUCCUGCCCUGGACUCCUCCUAUACCACCUACUUAGCACAAUCGCGAAAGCUUCUUGAGAAGCAGCGGACCCAUUAUGAGCAGGAAAGAGAGCUUUUUGCUCAGGAAAGACGGCUGUGGGGGCAGGAAAGAUCAAUCUUGAGGGCCAAGAUUGCAGAAUUGGAGUCAUCGUUAAGAAGCACAAGGAAUCAAUCUAGUGUAUCGGCAUCUUCUUCCAAGCCCAUGUUUGGAGCACCGCAAUUCCAAGGCACUGGUGACUGUCAUUCGGCUCAGGUGUGGGAGGGCUCAAGUCCAGGAGGGCGACCGACGAGGGUUUUCCGUGAUGAAGAGAUCCCAGACAACACUCACCUGUCGCCGACCACUGAUAACCCUCCGUCCCUUGAUGCGGCCCUGUCUCCUCAAUCCCGGGCGGUGGAUGCUGGUAUGACCGUUAGUGUCCCCGUGCCGAUCGAGAAGCUUGACAGCAGGCUAGAUGGGAUCACUCUCAAGUCCACCGCAUUGCCACCGGGUGUUGUUGCCCGUGUCAUCACCCCGCCGUCACCGUCGCCCCUGGAGACGUCCCCUGCCGCCCCUUCGGCACCUGCAAGGCCAGAGGUGGAACAUCGAAACAGUCUCAAACUGAAGCUGUCCGAACUUCCGCCGCCCAAUGUGAGACUCCUCAAGGAUGCUGGUCAUACCCCGAUGGCGAUCAUCGAGGCCGAUGGAAGCCAACGGUCCACCAAGGAGGCUUCUCCCGCGGAGGGUCCCCCGUGCAAUGAGGAGGAAAUCCCUCUCGCCCCCGUGGUUACCCAGAUCCAUCAACCGCCGGAGAACACCGAGUCUUACUUUCCCGAUUUGCCCGAUGAUCCCGCCCUAAAGGGGCCUUUGGGUCUCACCAACGACGAGGAGCAUGACAACAAGUUCCUGAGUGCACUCGAUCAGAAACUCCAGGACCAGGCUCUUCUCAGUCAAGCCAAGCGGAUCCUAUCCCCUUCAACCGAAACAAUUGACCCUGAUGUGACUGAACCGGGACUGCCUAGACAGGGUGAGCAGGAACCGGAAUUCAAGUUUAGAAAGUCGACCAAUUUUGGCACGGCCUUUGGACUAUCGAAUAUUGGUGAGAUGUGA